AGUAUCGAUACUUUGAAGGUUGGGAGUCACGUUCCCUCCGAUACUAGAUUUGGCUGAUGAUCAAAUACUGUCAGCCACGUAGAAGUCUUUUGCUUCUUUAGAUCAAAUACUGCAAGAAAUAUUUCUCCCGAGUUCACAAAAGAAUGUAAAAGAACAAGUUUGCAAAGAACAAGCACAAAAAUAGCGUCUGUAAAUCACUUGUUCGCCCGGUGUUUGGUUAGUUCGCUCCCUUUCUUUGCUUCCGAGUUCCGGCUAUUACAACAUCGUACGAGGAAUUCAUAAAGAUACGUGACUGGGGUCUCUCUAUGAAGAUUGUUCGUAAAGAUCUCGUUCCCGAUGGACCGGGCAGCGUCAAGAUGAUUCCGGAGGAGUCGGAUGAUCUUUGGCUUGCUUAUAAUCUGGUAGCUGAGGGCGACAGCGUAUUCGCCGUUACUGUCAGGAAAGUGGUGAGGCAAAUGGCUUCUGGUGGAAGAGAUGCAGAGCGUGUUAAGCUGAAGUUGGAAAUUAAAGUUGAGGCUGUAGAGUACGACAAGGAAGGGUCUGUCCUACGUAUACGUGGCAAGAAUAUCCUCGAGAAUGAACAUGUGAAGGUUGGGGCAUUCCAUACCCUAGAGAUUGAGCUACAUCGACCUUUUGUAUUAAGAAAGGAUGUCUGGGACUCUUUGGCAUUGGAUGUACUCCAGCAGGCCUCAGAUCCUGCUGCAAGCGCUGAUCUAGCUGUGGUUCUAAUGCAAGAAGGAUUAGCACAUGUGCUUCUUGUUGGCAAAAGUGUCACAACAACUCGUUCUCGGAUAGAAACCUCGAUUCCUCGCAAGCAUGGUCCUGCAGUUGCUGGUUAUGAGACAGCUUUGAAUAAGUUCUUUGAGAAUGUUUUACAGGCGUUUAUAAAGCAUGUUGAUUUCAAAGUUGUUCGCUGUGCUGUUAUUGCAAGUCCAGGCUUCACAAAGGAUCAGUUUCAUCAAUACUUACUACUUGAGGCAGAAAGGAGACAGUUAAGGCCAAUCAUUGAGAACAAGUCACGUAUACUUCUUGCACAUACCACCUCCGGUUACAAACAUAGCUUGAGGGAGGUUCUGGAUGCACCAAAUGUCAUGAAUUUGAUAAAAGACACGAAAGCAGCACAAGAGGUGCGGGUUCUCAAGGAUUUCUUCAGCAUGCUCUCAAAUGAUCCAGCUCGAGCAUGCUAUGGGCCAAAGCAUGUUGAGGUUGCACAUGAGCAUAUGGCUAUUCAAACACUUCUAAUCACAGAUGAUCUCUUCAGAAAUUCUGACAUAGCAAUGAGACAAAAGUAUGUAAAUUUGGUUGACUCAGUCAAGGAUUCAGGUGGCAGUGCAUAUAUAUUCUCUUCUAUGCACGUAUCUGGAGAACAACUAGCACAACUUACCGGAAUUGCAGCCAUUUUGCGCUUUCCACUUCCAGACCUGGAAGACAUUGAAAUGUGAUAUUACAUUCCAAGGAUAAACAAUGCUGGAGCCUGGAGGCUGUGAUGGAGCCUGGAGGCUGUGAUUAAUUACAACAUGUCUGGAGGCUGUAAUAGUACCCUUCUGUUAGUUACAACAUGUCUGUAUAUCAUACUUUUAAUUUAAUUUAUUAGGGGCAAACAAUGCUGGAGCCUGGAGGCUGUGAUGGAAUCCAACGGCACAAAAAAAAAGGAGUUUUUGUAAGGUUGCUGGAAAUGUAGAAUCAAAUUUAAUUAUGAAUGUAUACCAUGAGCUCUGAAUCGGUGUAUGUUAUGCACACAUGUUUGUGAUCUUGACGAAUUUGUGAUCAUUUGAUAAGUUGAUAUCAUGCAA